CCUCCCCUCAGGCCGGCCCCUCCCCUCACGGCGAGCUAGUCUGUCUCGCUGAGACUUGGCUGGGUGCGGCGCGAGGCGGGCGCUGCGGGUGAGUCCCACUUCCCGACAGCGGGGCUUGGCCAGCGACUGGGCGGGGAGGCCGAGGAUGGAAGUGGGCUUAUCGGCCAUUACCCUCUGUUUCGCCAGCGCCAGCAGCCCUGUGGUGGCGACGACGAUGGAGCAGGAGCCAGUGGGCCGUGUGGAGCGAGAAGCCGUCGCAGCCUCGGGAGCUGCGGCCGCCGCGGCGUUUGGGGAAUCUGCAGGGCAGAUGAGUAAUGAAAGAGGCUUUGAAAAUGUAGAACUGGGAGUCAUAGGAAAAAAGAAGAAAGUUCCAAGGAGAGUCAUCCACUUUGUUAGUGGUGAAACAAUGGAAGAAUAUAGCACAGAUGAAGAUGAAGUCGACAGCCUGGAGAAGAAAGAUGUUUUGCCUACUGUUGAUCCGACAAAACUUACCUGGGGCCCCUACUUAUGGUUUUACAUGCUUCGGGCUGCUACAUCAACCCUCUCAGGUUGGUGUAAUGGAAAGACCAUGAGCUUUAGAUUCAGACCUAGCUUUGAACUUUGGAUCUGCUUUAUCAGUUUGGUGUGUGACUUCCUUGGAGAGAAGAUUGCAUCUGUUUUGGGUAUCAGCACCCCAAAGUACCAAUAUGCCAUUGAUGAAUAUUACCGGAUGAAGAAGGAGGAAGAAGAAGAAGAAGAAGAAAACAGGAUGUCUGAAGAAGCAGAAAGACAAUACCAACAGAAUAAAUUGCAGACUGAUUCCACUGUUCAGACAGAUCAACCAGAGACAGUGGUAUCCAGCUCAUUUGUGAAUCUCAAUUUUGAAAUGGAGGGAGACAGUGAAGUAAUUAUGGAAAGCAAGCAAAAUCCAGUCUCUGUCCCACCAUAAAAUGAAAUGACUAUCAAGCUUCAAACUUUUUUUCUUAAUACCAGAAACUUUCACAUUCUUUAUUCAGUGGGACUUAAUACAAUUAUUUAUAUUUUAAAUUAUUAAAAUAUCUGGAAAGGGAAAAUGUUUCUUCAUAUUUAGGCUCUAUCUAGCCAAAGCCAGAUCUGAAAUUCAGAUAUUUGUACUGUUUUUACUGUGCGUAGAAUUAGUGCUUUUGUUUGAAAAUGAUCUUUUAAAAAGUUAAGGACGUCUUAGAGCCUUAAUUGUUAAGAAGAGUUAAAUUAUCAAGCCUGUCAUUUGUGCAUUUGUUUUUUUUUUUUUAAAAAAAGGUAAGUUGCUGAUUAAGUCUAAUUGGAAUUGAUAAUCCCCCAGUUUCAGAUUGAAAUGAUGAUAUUUUCUCCUAGAUUUUCUCAUGUUAUGCUGUGCAUUUUUAUAUCUAACCAUUAAUUUCACACUAAGGAUGCUUCACCAUAUAAUAAAAGGAGCAAGAUGGAAA